CGUCGCUGUUGAUGGAUUCCACUUUCCACCGUCUCUAAUAACCCCACGAACACUCACCAGACUCCGCAAGCCACAAUGAUCGACUACGCGCGCUACCCCUAUAUCGUCGAGCGUAUUGCGGAGCACGCUGGCUGGCGAACACAGCUGUCCUUCCGCGCCGCGUGUCGCAAGCUACAUGCCUUCAUCGACGCUUUGAUGUUCAAGCACGUCGCCAUUGAUCUGUCGGCGGCGAGCGCGCAGAACGCCAACGAGAAGUGCGCCCUCAUGCGCCACCCGGUACGCCACUACGCGCUGCCGCUCCUCGAGUUCCCGCACUUCCAUCCCGCAGCCGAGACAACGGGCAGCGUACGGAUACACUCCCCCGUCCCACCCCCUGGCGCCUUGAGCGCGCUCUACUCCUCGCUUUUCAGCUUACCGACCCGUCUGGCUCCGGUGCCCCCCGCCAUCGGCGCAAAACUGUCAUGCACCACCACCGACUGCUUCGAGGACGCGCUCCCGCUUCUCGGGCCUCGGCCCACGCCGUCCACCGACCGUGCAUCCCUCACGGAGCGGUGGGAGCGCGCACUGCGCCUCGCUCGUGUGGUGGAGCUGCGAGGCGACUUUGACCCCUCCGCCCUCUCCUUCUGGUCACCCGGCGGGCGAGUAAAAAGCCUCCUGGGGCGCCAGGACGUUGAGCUGGUCCUCGACCAGCGCUGGGGCUCCGGCCCCUCGCCCGUCUCAGGCGACACGUGGGUGUGUUGGCUGAACCCCGAGAAUGCCCCGCGAGGCGCCUUCGACCUCGCCCCGCCGUCGGGCGCAUGCGCUGUCGUCGCAAACUUCGAGUGGCGCCGCGACACCGAGCUGUCCUUCUAUCCCGUGGCGGAGUUUCUCCGGAGCGACGAGAUCAGAGCGAUAGCCGCGGCCGGCGGUGAGAUCACACUCGUCUUCCACGUGCGAGGUGAGCGUGAGGACCUGCGCCCGAUGGAGUGCGCGAAACACCUCCUCGACGCGCUCGUCGAGUUCCUUACUCCAACCCCAGACGAGGAGGAGCCCAGACUCACCCUUGUCGGCCUCGAGAGCACGGACGACGCAGACGUCUUCGCGAUGGCGCUCGAGGUUCUCGAACCGCCUCCGCGCCGUGGCCUGCCCACGGCAUGGUGGUGCCUAGUACGCUCGCUCCAGGAGCACUCGGGCGUCUGGUGCCCCGACCGCCUGACGCAACUCUCGAUUGAUGAAUGGGUCGCAUCCGCUGGACCGCAUGCGGCUCUCAUGGUCGACCCCGCUCCAUUCGUCGUCCAGACGUUCUCGGUCAGAGCAUGACGGAGCACUGGCAUCGUAUUACCAUAGUUGGUUAUUUGACGACUACCCCAUGUACAAUUCUAGCACUGUAGACUUGCUCCCCGUC